AUGGCCUGCGAAUCGUGCAGGCUACAAACGCGGACGCUCCUCCGGGCAGCAAUUCGCGCGUCCGCCGUCAGAGCCGCCCCGGCAAGGACCCUGAACCUGUCGCGACCGACAAGCUCAUCACAGCCUGCACCCACCCGAUGGUUCAGCAACACGCCCCAGAGAAGGAUCCUGGGCAUGGGAACACUAGGCGAGUCGUAUCGGGUUCUUGGUGCCUCUGAAAAGCUGUACAAGAUUUGCGCGCAGCCCGCAGACUACCACAUUUCCGAGGAGGCACGCAACAACGACCAGGUCGAGAGGUUAGAAGACGGCGAGGAGUUGGGCACGCCUAUCGAUGCAGGGAAUGUGUGGCACAAGACCCGCGUCCGCUGCUUCGAGCGCGACACCUUCCGUAACUGGCAGCAGCAGCUCGUCGACCAUUUCUUCUUCGACUGCGAAAAGAAGAUGCACCUCGAUCACAACAUCACCUCGAGCGCUCUGCGCCAGCGGUACCUGAAGGAUAUUUUCGUCCAGUGGCGCGGCCUGCUGCUUGCGUACGACGAAGGUCUCAUCAAGGGCGAUGCUAUCCUUGCGAGUGCCGUUUGGAGAAACUUGUUCAAGGGGGCGCCGGAGGUUGAUCCGAGGUCGUUGUGCGCGAUUGUCGGGUGGAUGAGGUCGAGUUUGGCGUCGCUGGAGGCGGCGAGUGACGUGGACUUUCCGCAGAAGGCGGGUGAUAUUUUGGCAAGGCCGGUGGACGUGUUUUGGAGCCGGUUGGAGGAGCCGUUUAAGAAGGCGUUUGAAGGGGAAGCCAAGAAGAAGAAUGGGGAGUGA